CCGUUGACGUCGUGAGCUGGAAUUAAUUUAUGGUGUGGCAGUUGGACGACAACUUUGUCAACAGUUUGCGGGGCAAAAAAAAAUGUCCCAAGUUGAUUUGCUCGAGGAAAUUUGCCAUUUGAGAUUUACGGCCGAACGGGAGCUGCUCAACUCUUGGAAGACCUACCGAGUGUCGGAUGUAACCCGUCGGUUGGCGUCCGAAGCCGGCAGAGUCAUCUACGCGGAGGCACUUGCAUUCGGCGAUGACGAAGGUUCGAGGACAUUCUUUCCGGAGCAUUUGAGCACACUGGCGGUGGAAAGUUUAGCUGCGGCCUACAAAUCCGGACCCAUGCCGAGUGGUCUCCGGUGCGACCAAAUACGCCAUUUUGGGUUUCUGUUGGACGUGGAGUUGCCGAUUCUGGACGUCGUAGAGCUGGAGAACGAAACAUUCUGGAAACGAGUUGUGAAGGCAAAAACUAAGCGGUUAGUCGAUUUUUUAAAACUUGAACGACUGCCCGUUGUUUGCUGGAAAUCACUCGGGAUAGAACUGAAGUUAGCGGAAGUAAUUGAACGUGAAAACCCGGAAUAUUGGUUUGAAGGAUGUCUGGAAGAUGUAAUCAUCAAAGCAGCUCCUUUCGUCAGUAAUCUGGUGAUUUCUCAGCUUAUUCCCAUGGAGAAAAUAGAACCGGCAGAAGGGUAUGAAGAAUACAAAGUUUACAAUGUACCUCCCGAGCUGUGUAGCCAUGGUUCCCUGGAGGUGCUGAAGCAUUUGGUUAACCUGACAUCGUUGAGUUUGGUUUUUGGAUUAGAAGGCAUUUCAAAAGGUUACGAGCGUCGGUUUUUUCAGUGUUCAUUGGAAGAUAUAGAAAAUCUCUCGAAAGCACUUCCGAAGAUGCAGCUAUUGAAAUAUUUCAAAAUAGCACGCAGUAGGCUGUGUGCCGAAAAGCUGAAAAUACUACUUGGGCAACUAGCACAAGUAAAACUGGAAUCACUGGAGCUGUCUUAUUGCUACUUGGGCGAGGAUGUCGGAAUCUGGCUGGGAAAGUAUAUCAGUCGGUGUCCCGAAACCGUCAAAGCGAUUAAUCUUUCGGGAAAUUUCAUCAAUGAUAAGGAGCUGGAAGAUUUCAGCUACGGGAUCAACAUUUACAAAGGUGUUUUAGAAACGCUCGACUUAUCCCAGAAUCCGAUAGGAGAAGUCGGUAUUUUAAUGUUGGGCGGUGCCAUAAAAAAUACCGCCCAUGUGCGGGAGUUAAACGUCACCGGUUGUGAAUUAGGUCAGCAAGGAGCAUACCGGGUGGUACAGUUGAUUGGAUUCCAUCGACCAUUGAAGAUUUUGCACCUGAACGGGACGCCACUCGGAAAAUCCGGUGCCAAAAAGCUGAUUGAAGUACUCAAAGCAAACUGGAAGGUCGAACAAGUAAGUUGUAAAUGUUGCCAGCUGAGUCCACGGCACGAGAAUCGGGUCAAAAGCAUACUCCGCCGAAACCAUAAAUUCCGGUUGGCCCACAGUCAGUCGAGCACUGGGUAGUGAUUUGAAGCUUCUUGGCACGGUGGAAUUACCUCAACAA